CAACAGGAGAUGUACACACCAAAAUACAUACAACAACAAUAAUCACAUCAAUCAACUUUCUUCAUAAUUUUCAAAUUUAGAUCUUUAAAAAAGUAGAAACUAUCAAUCAAUUCAAUGAUAUUUUCGGUUACAUCGAAGUUUGAGCUUCUCUAAUUCCUGAGAACAUCCCAUCAAUCCAUUCCUGUUACUUCAUAAAUUUAUGCAGAGUUAGUGGCACUAUUAAUAUAUCAUUAUGGGAGUCUCUGGAAAAUGGAUCAAAGCAUUGAUUGGUUUGAAGAAACCAGAAAGGUCAAAAUCUUCAGAAAAAGAUGAAAAUAAAGCUCCAAGUUCCGGAAAAUUUCUGCAUCGAAGAAGGCAUUCGGUUAAAAUUGAAAAUGACGUACUUCAAGAUGAGUUCAAUCUCAAAACUGUUCCACCAGUCAAAGCAGAACAUUCAGUGUCAGAUGCUGGUGCAUUUUCUUCCAAUGUUCUUCAAAUGGUUGAUGCAUCUCAAGUUGAACCGAAUAUGAGAGAGGAACGGGCAGCUACAUGCAUUCAGACUGCCUUUCGUGGACUUCUGGCUAGGCGAGCACUAAAAGCGUUAAAAGGAUUAGUAAGACUGCAAGCACUUGUCAGGGGGCAUGCUGUAAGAAAACAAGCGGCAAUUACACUUCGAUGUAUGCAAGCUUUAGUGCGAGUCCAAGCUCGUGUACGAGCUAGAAGUGUUCGCCUGGCACUAGAAAACCAGACAUCAGAGCAGAAACUUAAACAACGACUUGAAGAUGAAGCCCGUGUUCGACAAAUAGAGGAAGGCUGGUGCGAUAGUGCAGGAUCUGUUGAACAAAUUCAAGCCAAGUUGGUGAAGAGACAGGAAGCGGCAGCAAAGCGUGAAAGAGCCAUGGCAUAUGCCCUGGCUCACCAGUGGCAAGCUGGAUCAAGGCAACUGGCACCUUCAUCUGGAUACGAACCAGAUAAAAGCAAUUGGGGCUGGAAAUGGUUAGAAAGAUGGAUGGCUGUCCGCCCAUGGGAGAAUCGUUUUCUUGACAUCAAUCAGCGAGAUGGAGUGGCAAUUCAAGAUAACGAAGCUGGUGACGGAAGGAAUGAUAGUUUGAAAAAGUUUUCUGCCAAGAAAACUAUUCCCUUGAGGACCGAGUCAAACACCACUAGUGAGAAGAUUGAUUUAUCAAAUUCCGUUGGCUGUAACUCUACUGCUACCAGGUCCAGUGAUAUGCAAGAAGCAUCUGGCACAUCAUCCACCAAGGUGAAGACGAAACAUAUUUUUGAAGACUUGGUCGAAGAAGUCAAUUCAAGGCCUGGUAUUGGUUCAAGAUCUCAAAGUAAUCCUAAAGAGAGAUCGUCACUUUCGGAUAAACAAGGAAGAAGGAGACAGUCUCUUCCAAAUAUUAGGAAAGGUGAACAAGGUGUUGGUGUUCGUACAAGCAAGCAACCAACUGGAACUGUUGUAAAAAGAUCGACCACUCAAAAGCCUGUUAAAGAUAAAACCAUGACUAAUGUGCAAUGAGCCAAGUUCAUCAGUAAUUCAGUAUUGAUCAGGUAGUUGAUUAUUUGAAUCCUUACUCCCCACUCCCCAGCAACACCGUCCAACAGUACAUCAGAUCUAUGUAUAUAUCAAAUCAUGUCAAGCUGCAUUGAAUUGGUCCAGUCUCGAUUUUCGAUGGUGCGUUAUUUCAUUGGCUGAGCUCUGUCGUGGAAAUAAAAUAAUCAGCUCGAACGGAUUAAAUGCUACUAUGUGAAAGUUAACCUAUUAAUGUAAAUUGCCAGCUGCAAGCCUGCAAGCCUUGUUGUAUUACCAUCUUCGUCGCGUCCAUUUUGUUGUGUAGUGUACUAGUGUUCGUCUAGAGUGAUUUUCUUUUUGCAGUUGAGGAGACUUUUGAAAGUGUAAUGUCAUCUAUUGUAAAACGAUGUUUAACAUGUAACAACCACCAUGUGCAGUCUGUGCGAUCCUCGGCAUAUGUGACUAUCUUUAGUUGAAUCCCGUUUCUAUUUC